UCGUCUGUCUUAUUACCUGUUAAACACAAUUCAUACACAACGCGCUAUUGACAUUUUUGUCCCCACUCUGACGCCGUAUAGUACUGGCCUCUGAUUCGUCUAUCCGCAGUUCAUGCCGUAUCCAGUCGUUUGGAAGACGUGCAUCUGUCCACAGUCAAAAUGAGUCUGAGAAAGCAAACCCCCAGUGACUUCCUGAAGCAGAUCAUCGGGAGACCCGUGGUCGUCAAACUGAACUCAGGUGUUGAUUACAGAGGUGUCCUGGCCUGCCUGGAUGGUUACAUGAACAUUGCUAUUGAGCAGACAGAAGAGUAUGUCAAUGGACAGCUGAAGAACAAGUACGGGGACGCGUUUCUGAGAGGAAACAAUGUCCUGUACAUCAGCACCCAGAAGAGAAAAGUGUAAUCACCAAUAUUGUUUUUAUUUUAAGUUUCAGUGUUUAAUGUGUCAGUGGACAACGGCCUCUUUUUUUAGUUCUGUAAAGCCUCAACAAAGUGUUUGUGUUUUGUAAAAGUGGAAUCUGUGAAUAAAUCCUGAGUUCUGGUUUCUAUUAAA